AUGGGAAAGCUCUCAGAUUUCGAAGUUCUUUCCUUCGAUGUUUAUGGCACUUUGAUAGACUGGGAAACGGGCAUUCUUACGGCUCUUCAGCCACUGCUCGAUGCCAAUCAUGCUGAAUUCACUAAGCAAGAGCUUCUCAACGCGGUACAUGAAUGCGAGCGCACCCAGCAAGCAAAGACGCCGGGGCUCAGAUACAGUAAACUGCUUGCAUCCAUCCAUCCAGGUAUUGCUAAGAAGCUCGGCCUGGCAGAGCCGUCACCGGAAGACAGCAUAGCUUUUGGAGCUUCGGUUGGAGCUUGGCCUGCAUUUCCGGAUACAGUAGAUGCAUUGAAGCGGUUGGGGAAGCAAUACAAGCUGGUGGUGCUUUCCAACGUCGACCAUGAGUCAUUCGAUAGAAGUAAUAGUGGCCCUUUGCAGGGUGUCAAGUUCGACCUGAUCCUAACCGCGCAGGAUAUUGGGAGCUACAAACCGGACCUUCGCAAUUUCACCUAUAUGCUGAAGGAAGUGGACGAGAAAUUAGGAGUGUUCAAGGAGAAGAUACUCCAGACGGCUCAAAGUCAGUUUCACGACCAUCGGCCGGCCCGGACAAUCGGCAUUCGCUCCAGUUGGAUUGUGCGACCAGGUGCGGUCAUGGGCAACUGUAGCGAAACGGUAUAUGACUGGAGUUUUGAUACUUUAGGAGACAUGGCAGAUGCGCUAGAGGCAGAGCUCAGGGGCGGCCUCUGA